UCCGCGGCUUACGCCGCCCACGCCUCGCUCGCCUAAUCCGAAGCCUCGCUCGAAAACUCGCCGCCUCACGCCGGAGAGCAUCAUCAGUUCAUCACCGCCAUCUCCCAUCGCAGAAGCCAUGAGCAAUCCCGAGCUCUUGUCAGAGGAAAAGGCCAUCCUCGUGGAGACGCUGAAGAACAAGCUGCAGGCGUUGGCGGAGCAACAUGUUGACGUGCUCGAAAGCCUGGCGCCCGUGGUCAGGAAGCGCGUCGAUGUGCUCAUAGAGAUUCAGAGCCAACAUGAUGAACUAGAAGCGAAGUUCUUGGAGGAAAAAGCUGCUCUAGAAGCUAAUUAUCAGAAGCUUUAUGGACCAUUGUACUCAAAGCGUUCUGAAAUUGUGAGUGGUGUUCUUGAAGUAGAGGGCGAGACUGAAGAAAGAGAGGAAAAGGGUGUUCCAGAUUUCUGGCUCAAAGCAAUGAAGAACAAUGAGAUUCUUGCUGAGGAGAUCCAUGAGAGCGAUGAGGAAGCUCUGAAGUACCUUAAGGACAUCAAAUGGUGCAGAAUUGAUGAUCCAAAGGGUUUUAAGUUCGAAUUCUUUUUCGAUACAAAUCCCUUCUUUAAAAAUCAAGUGCUGACUAAAACAUACCACAUGAUUGAUGAAGAUGAUGAACCCAUCCUAGAGAAAGCAAUUGGGACUGAAAUCGAAUGGCAUCCAGGAAAUUGUUUGACACAGGAGGUGCUAACAAAAGAGAGUUCAGAGAGCACUAAACCUAUAACAAAGACUGAAGAAUAUGAGAGCUUCUUUAACUUCUUCAGCCCCCCUCAAGUUCCAGAGGAUGAUGCAAAAAUUGACGAAAAUACCGCUGAAGAAUUGCAGAACCAAAUGGAACGAGAUUAUGACAUUGCAUCUACUCUCAGGGACAAGAUUAUACCACAUGUUGUUUCUUGGUUCACUGGAGAGGCUGUUCAAGACGAGGAUUAUGGUGCUUCUUGGGUGGAUGAUGAAGAGGAUGAUGACGAUGAAUAUAGUGAUGAAGAAGCAUAGGGCAUUCAAGUGUCGUUUGUUCUACUGGGGUAUUAGAACGUUAGAUGCUUUUAUAUCCAUUGUUAUCCCUCUAUUUUGAACGGAAGGCUGGCAGAGUUGCUAGAUUGCAGGGUGAGCGACCUGGGAGUGCAAGCAGCAAUACUUUUUUUUUAUCUUAGUUCUCAGAAGUCAGAAGUGGACUGAAGGAUAUGCAACUACUAAGUUGAUUUCUAUUAAGUUA